AUGCGGCAACGAAGAUGGCUAGAGUUUCUCACAGACUACCAUGUCCACAUUCAGUAUCACGAAGGAAAGGCGAAUGUUGUUACAGUUGCCCUUAGUAGAAAAUCGAGUUAUAAUGUCAAUGCUUUGAUUGUGGCCAAUGAGUUUUGUAAGGAUAUUAGGAGAUUGAACCUUGAGGCACCGUCCCCAAAAGUCCAUGCAACGCUUUGUCCACUGAUUGACAUUCCAGACUAUGACCUAGUUGAGGAUGACGACGAAGAUGAUGAUGGCGGCUUAAUAAUCUCAAGCGAUGAAGAUGAUGAAUCUAGCGUCGACUCUAGUGAUAGUGACGAGGAUGAUAACAUCGAUUUGGUUUUAGAUGACAAUAGCGAUGAUACUAGUAGUGAUAGUAGCAAUGAAAGUCACGACUAG